AUGGAGCGUAGAUUGGCUAACAGCCUGCAGAUUACUGCAGCCAUUCACACCUUCUGCGAUUUUGGCGUCCAGCUGCUAGGAUACAUAUCUGAAGUAACUGAGAAUCAAAGUCGCGUCGGGGCCAGAGAUGACUUUGUUGACACCGCAACACGUCAGCUCACGCGAGUGGAGGAGCAGGUGCGAGAGAAUUCCAUCCAAAUCGAUGCAGUCCAAAUAGCAGCGGAGGAACGGUUACUUGAAAACCUCCGAUCAUCUUGCCACAUGGUCGCCAAAACUCUAUUCAUCAGACUCCGCCAGUUGAAGAAUGCGCAGUCACAGGUCCAGACACAGUGGAUCAAAGAAGACGCAGAAAUAUUAGAAACGCGACUGAUUUCGUUCAGGGAAGCACUGCAAUCAAUAAUUCCAUGGCUUUUGGGGCAAUGCAUCGAUCGCGAUGUGGAAACGUUAGAUGAGGAGCUGAAAUCACUUAUAGCACGUCUCCAGAAAACCACCAGCGAUGGAAAUUCUCAGGAAUCUUUGAAUACACCCGCCUUAGCUCUUCUCGACGGAUCUCUAACUCAUUCUAUAAAGAGGAACGGUCAACCUGAGAAAAAUGAAGAAAAUCUCUCAUCUGAUGGCAUAACUCCUCAGUCUAUCUUCUCUGAUCAUGAAAUCGUGUUACAAGAUUUCAUACUGGAAAGCUUGAGCUUCUCUUCGAUGAAAGAUCGCGAGGAAGGCGUUGACGCGGCACACGACAAGACAUUCGAGUGGAUUUUUGACCCGGACCCGAAAAUAAAUACCGAAGUGGAUUCGCUCUCGAACUGGCUCCAGACAGACAGUGCUGAUGGAGUUUUCUGGAUCACCGGCAAGCCAGGAUCUGGAAAGUCAACACUGAUGAGGUUUAUUAUUGACCACCCCAAAACCCAGGAAGGCUUACGCAUUUGGGCGGGCGACAAGACAUUGAUCACGGCGGGAUUUUACUUUUGGAUUAGUGGUACACUGGAGCAAAGAUCACAGACUGGGCUACUUCGGUCUCUACUAUUCCAAUUGCUGUCAUCAAGGCGACACCUUAUCCCCCUUGUUUUCUCAGAGCUUUGGGAACGGUUGAAAACAACCAGUACACGUGACAGGGUCAAAGCUGGAGUUUCUUGGGAGAUUUCAGAGCUGGCCAAUGCCUUGAAACGGUUCAUCUAUUGUAUCCGACCUAGGGAAAGAAUCUGCAUAUUCAUUGAUGGGCUAGACGAGUUUGAUGGAGACCACCAACAAAUUGUCGAUUUUUUCAGAGCCGUCACCUCUUCACAUCAACACGUUAAACUAUGCCUCUCCAGCCGGCCACUCCCGGCCUUCUGGUCCUCUUUUGCCCAUGCCCCAAAGAUUCAGCUACAUGAGUUGACCUAUACCGACAUGGUCCAUUUUGUCCAGGACCGUUUUGACGCCCAGGGGCAAAUGCACGCUUUGAUGCUGGACAGCCCCGAGGCCGCCUCAAUCUUAGUUAAGGAUAUCGUGAACAAAGCCGACGGUGUCUUUCUCUGGGUAUCAUUAGUUGUUCGGACCCUGCUUCAUGAACAUAACUAUCAAAAAGUCGCAGACGUCUACUCGCUCCUCCAGACGCUACCGACGGAGCUAGAUGAUCUGUUUCAGUAUAUCCUAUUUAACGGCAAGUCACAGCAUGAUAUGCACAUUGUGUCCCGUCUUUUCCAGUUAAUGAGGGCUCGGGAAAUUGCCUGUGAUAUUGCUAGACAUGAAGGCGCGGCUUCGAUGACAAUUUGGGAGUUUGCGCUCGCAGAUCAGAUCAAUUAUCAAGCAGCGCUAGCUAAUAAAAUACAGGAUGCAGACGAGGAGGAGGUCUUUAGAAGAUGUCAGACAUUGUCUGGUCAGCUCGAGAACCAGUGCGCUGGUCUGAUUGUGAUGCAUGACCGAUCAUCUGCAAGAGAAGGCCUUAACUUUGCCGAUGACGAGUCGAGUGCACAGAAAUUUGCUGAGAACAAAAUUGCCUAUGUCCAUCGCACGGUAAAAGACUUUUUCGCUCAGCCGGAAAUUUGGUCCAAGAUAGUAAGUCGAAUGAUUGAUGAUGAUUUCGAUCCACAUGCUCGCCUCCUGGGAUCAUACAUUUCCCAACUGAAGCGUCCGCUGCGGCCAUUUCGACGCCACAGACAACUCGAUGAAUGGUGGCCGGGGAUUGUUCUGGCCAUGACUCACGCGAGAUGCGUCGAUAAGGAGAACAGAACAAUGCAAAUAUCUCUUAUUCGAGAACUCGACAAAACAAUUUCUGCAUACUGGCUUCCCCGAGAAGCAUCAUCCUACAACGACCAUUGGGCCCGAAACGCGUUUGGGACGUAUGAGAAGCGGAAAAGAAUAAUCUUUCACGAACCAUUCCUUUCUCUUGCUGGCAAGUUUGGCCUGGAGGAUUAUGUGCGCACCUCUCUAUAUGAAGAGGAUUAUCAGUACCAAGGCGGCAUCCCUCUUCUUGGGCACUGCGUCGAAUUUCUAGUCAACCGACGAAAGACAGUCUACCCACUAUCGCAGCCCGACUUGGUGGCGACCCUACUUCACUACGGAGAAGAUCCAAAUCAAAGCUAUCGCGAUCUCGACCGUAGCGACCGGACACCAUGGUUGUUGUCAUUAGACUACCUCCGCGAGGGAGAUCGUCGUGGAUGGAUGCAGUAUUAUGACUUAGACCCCGAGGGCUUGACCCGUUAUGCAAAAGUCAUUGAGCUUCUCAUUAUACAUGGUGCUGAUCCGAAUGCACUCCUAGUCGAGACCCGAUUUGAUCCAUCCAACACUGCCCUCGAAGUUAUCACAAUGGUGUAUGAAAAAUAUGCCUCGCCCGAGUUUGAGCGCUUACGGCAAAUGCUUCUUGAGCGUGGUGCACAGUGGAGAAAAGAGACUUGA